AUGGCUUUCGCUGGCGUAUCCCUCGUCGCAGACGGCAGGCUGUGCGACCUAACCACGUCGCCCAUCGACGCCCGCGCGGACAGAGGGUACCACUUGCUCGUCGUCGAAGGCUACACGCGUAGCAAAAACAAGCCAUCAAACGGGCAGUACAUUAAGUCUCGUCCUUUCCUGGUUGGAGGCCAUCGCUGGCGUCUCCAUUACUACCCUAAUGGCUAUAAGGAGGAUGAUAAAGACUUCAUAGUAGUAUCAGUCUUUCUUGCCAUUGAUGACUAUGUGGAGGGACAGGAAGUGAAUGCUCAGGUUGUCUUCAGUUUUAUUGACCAGCCUGAGUUGCGAAUGUCAACACGCAUCCGUAAAAUAAGAACAUUAUUUCGUCGUGGUGAUGGAGAAGCAAAACUCAUUAGAAGGGACAGCUUGCAAACAUCAAGACAUCUUAAGGACGAUAGCUUCGUUAUCCGGUGCGACAUUGUGGUCUCCAAGGCGCCGGCCGACACCAGCACCACCGACAAGGGGGUUGGCACCACAGCUUCGUUUGUGGACAUUUCGCCGUCGAACAUGCAAAACCAUCUCAGCAAACUUCUCCUAUCUGACGACGGCGCUGACAUUACAUUUGAGGUUAGCGGCGAGACGUUUCCUGCUCACCGGUGCGUGCUUGCAGCCCGAUCUAGCGUUUUUAAGGAACAACUCUUUUGUGGCACUAGUAUGACCAAUGCCAAUAUAGUAGAGAUAAAUGACAUGGAAGCGAAAAUUUUCUAUGCAUUGCUUGUUUUCAUCUACACUGACUCGUUUCCGGACUGGGAUUGGCUUGAAGAUGAAGCAGACGAAUCAGGAGAAGAGUUAGACGAUGAUGAAAAUGAUGAAGCGACUAAUCAGUAUGUAAAAUGGCUGCUGCACUUGCUUGAAGCUGCGGAUAGGUAUGACCUCCAAAGGCUCAAGUCGAUCUGCGUAGAGGAGUUGGUCCAAUACAUAUGGAUGGACACGGUGGCAGACAUUAUUGUUGUGGCUGAGCGGAGACAGUGUCGCUUGUUGAAGAAUUUUUUUUUUUGA